CCAGCCAGAAGGUCUCAAGCAACUAAUAGCCCUGUACAUAGGCAGGUGUCACCCAUGCUGGAAGGACCCAGACGUGGUCAGGUGGUUGGAAAAAAAUGUUAAGGAGGUGAUCAAGAGAGUGGACGAUGGUGAUCCUCUGGCUGAAGAAUACAGGAAGAAAAGGCAAGGAAGAUAUCGUGGGACUCCCAGAAACAUAUUCCGCCAUAUUCUAAUCUCAGAAAUAAAGGAUGCAACAGCUGCACUGCCACCUCAUUUGGCAAACACCCCUGUGAUGAGCUAUGACCCUCUUCCUCCAGAGGACUCUAUUUCUUCAUAUGAAAGACCACCAGCAAGACAAACAAGGGCUCAACAAGAAAGUAAUCCACUGACAGCUUUCUUCAGGUCCAUGUUGCCCAACUUUAACCCACAAGAAGUCCCAGAUGUCCCAGACGGUGCUGUAGGUGGUGCUGCUGCUCCAACUGACAUGCAGGCAGGCAUUGGCGCACUGAUGGAGGCCAUGAGGGAUCUCUUGAACAAUAUCAGACCAGUGGAUGCUCCCAGAGAGGACGGGCAAGGAGGCGAUGAAUUUGAUGACCAAGACAACAAUCCUGAGUGGGACUGAGGAAGCUAAAACUCGUCAUAUGUUGUAUGAUGUGUACAGUUGGUGCCAUGGUCACAUCUGAUCAGACACAUACUGUCGGGAGCUGUUUGACAGAUUUGGCAAGGACUGGUCAAAAUUUUAGUCGAUUAAGUUGCGUUUCAGAAAGAAUCUAAAAAGCUGCUUAUACUAGUGCCUCCUUUUUCAAUCACUUUUCACUUUGUAAGUUCAGUCCUAAAUUGCAAUUGUUUUGAUACCUAUUGUCCUCAGUGGUGAUAGAAUUUUAUUUUGUUUCAUUAAAUGCCUUACAUUUGUUGUUCACCAAUUAUUUUUAAAAAACACUCUCAGACCAUCAUUGCAAAGUCAACUUUAAACAUCCAGCUAUUCAGGUUUAGCAGUUUAAGCUAAGUCCCAAAUCUGUGGCUAAAGGUCUAAAAGUUUAUAUAACUUUAACAUGUGACAUUAUUAGCCUCAUUGGCCAACAAGGAAUGUGGUCACCAAUUAUACAGUGGAACUACUACAGUAACUGUACAACGGCAUUUUUAUUAUACAAUCAUGUAAUUGGUGAGGUGGAAUUAUUCUGCAGUUUUCUGGUGAACUUCAACUGCAUCUGAAAGAAAACAAGUAAAAUGGCUUGUCUAAAGUGACAGAAGAGACCCAACAGUUUUGCUCAAUCAAACAAUUAGAGAAGUCUGGAAGGGUAAAAUACAGUGUAAACUGCUCACUUCCAAGUUCAUUUAGAAGUAUGGACCAAGUAUGUUGUUGGAACAGCAAGUUAAUCCUAUUGGACAACACAUGACCAGUCUCUGACCAAUGAGGUGACAGCUGAGAGGGGGUUAUUUCUACAAAAUUAAGACAACAGUUCAGCAUGGUGUUGAGCAUAUGAGCUAAUAAAUUUUUUUCUAGUAUUUUCAUCUCUUA